UAGUACGACACAACACCCAAACAAAAAAACAUCACUAUCUACAACCAUAGUUCUACACUAACGCAACAAAAAUUCAAUGGAUGUGAAGAAAAUUCAUGAAAGAAAAAAGAAGAAUAAAUAAAGGUCAAAAUCGUAAUUAAACCACAAUAGAAGACUAAAAUAUAAAGAGUUCCCAACUGUCACAUGACCCAUCUUUGAAAAACCCAAUCUUCCUCUUUCUUCAGACACACUUCCUCUCUCUUCAACAUGAAACCUCUGUCACCGUCAUUACCGUUACUCCUCCUCCUCCUCCUCUCAUCCACUACCUUCGCCGCUCCUUCCCUCUCCCCGACUCCUUCUCCAACCAUCUCUCCCAUUCCUCGAACCUCUCCUCGCACCUCCUCUUCCCCAUUAGACCCAAAACACCUCAAAGCCCUCGAAUCCCUCAACAUCCCCACCGCCAAAAACCCCUGCGACCACCGUCCCACCUCCAAACCCCCCUCCACCGUCGUCACCUGCGACGCCGGCUCCCCAUUCCGCCUCGUCACAUCCCUCUCCUUCACAAACUGCUCCUCCGACCUCUCCAUCUCCUCCGCAGCCCUCAGAGCCCUCUCCCCCUCCCUCGCCUCCCUCUCUUUCCUCAACUGCCCUUCCCUCUCCCCUCCUCCUCGCCUCCCCACCUCCCUCCGCUCCUUCACCGCCACCUCCUCCUUCCUCCGCCGCCGCAAAGGCCUCUCCGGAGUCUACCUAGCUCGCCUCGUCAACCUCACCGACCUCACCGUCUCCUCCGUCCCCGUCUCCACCUCCGGUCUCUUCGUCAUCCUCGGAAACAUGGACAAGAUCGUCUCCCUCACCGUCUCACACGCCAAUCUCUCCGGCAACAUCCCUAAGUCCCUCCACUCGAAUCUCACAUUCAUCGACUUAUCAGACAACCUCAUCAAAGGCUCAAUCCCCACUUCGAUCACUCAACUCUCCAACCUCAAAUCUCUAAACUUGUCCUCAAACUCCAUCUCCGGCGAGAUCCCCGACAGCAUCGGCGACCUAAUCUCCUUAAAGAACAUGUCUUUAUCCUCAAACAAGCUCUCCGGACCAAUCCCUGACUCGAUCUCCUCCCUUCCAGACCUCACCCACUUAGAUCUGAGCGGAAACCAGCUAAACGGCACCGUUCCGAGGUUCAUCACCAAGAUGAAGAGCCUCAAGCACUUGAAUCUCGCUAACAAUAACUUCCGUGGAGUUCUUCCGUUCAAUGCGAGCUUCUUGAAGAAGCUUGAGGUGUUUAAAGUGGGAGGGAACAGUGAUCUCUGUUACAACCGCACUGUGCUGUCUUCGAAGAUGAAGUUAGGGAUUGCUCAGUGUGAUAAACACGGGUUGCCUUUGUCUCCGCCGCCGCAGAAGGAGGAUUCGAGUUCUGAUUAUGAUUACGGUAGUGAAGAUGAGACUAGUGUGAAGAAGAAGGAAGAGAGUCGUGGUCCUAAUAAGGUUGUGCUUGGUGUUUCCAUUGGACUUGCUUCGCUUGUGUUCUUGAUCAUUUUCUUGAUCCUUUGCGCCAAAUGGUGUGGUUGAUUCCGACAGGAAAGCUGUAAGAAGACGAUGAUAGUGAUUCUUUGGAGAAUAACCGAACCGGUUCUCCGCAUUAAUCCCGGUUUAGUCUAUUCUUUAUUUGCUAUUUUACUUUUGAUUUUUUUUUUUUUUUACAUUUGAGUGGGUAUAAUUAAUUAGUAGCUAUUGUUUUUUUUUAAAAAAAAAUUAGUUUGUUGUAAUUUUGAGUGUAUGUUUUCAAAAGGAUUAUUUUGUAAUAAUUAUUGAAUUAUUCUUAUCAAUUAUUUUCUUCAA